AUGCUUAAUAACCGUAUUGAUUGCUUAUCGAGUUCCAGGAGACUUUGCCGUUCAUUUGCUACCUCUUCGAAAUUACUGGACAGCCUGGACCCAGUGCACAUCAGAAAUACCAAUCGAUUUCGACAAUUGUUAGUUGAAAAGGGGGAGUUUGCGCCCCAACAGGCAAAUUCUCUGGUAGACAUAAUGUCUGAGGCUUUGAAAGGCGGUGUGGUACACGUCUCGCAAGAUUUGGCCUCCAGACAAAGGCUUAUACAGUUGGUGUACCAACAGCGAGUUGAUUUCGCGAAAUUAAGGGACCAACUGCUGUCUGCGGAUCGCAGUGAGUUCCAUUCCAUACAAAGCGAGCAUGAGGGUAUUCGCAACGAUCUGGAGAAAAUGCGCACGAAAUUGAGGGAAGAGAUCACCAAGGCAAAUGCGGGCUUCAAGCUGGACUUGUCGCUUGAAAAAGGCAGAAUACGGGAGGAAUCCAGUCACCACGAUAUGCAGAUCAAAGAGAUCGACACACGGAUAGAUCAGGAAGUGAGCAACAUGAAAAUGCAGAUUGAUUCCGUCAAAACCCAGGUCAUGCAAUGGCUUAUCGGUGUAUGCACGGGUACCUUUGCACUGGUACUGGCAUACGUGCGUUUACUGUCUUGA